AGCUCUUUAAUCUCUGCAGGGACCACACCAGCACACAGGACCUGUUCCAGUGCAAGGACGAUCUGUGGACAGGAGUGUUCCUGGGUGAGCACUUCAGACUCAGCAUUUCCUGCAUUGCCAGUGGACACUUUCAGAGCUCAACGCUGACACCAAGUCUCCUUUCUUUCAGAAGCUGCUUCCCCAGAAAUGUUAAUCCAGAUGCAGUAGGUGGUGGUGUUCACAGUAUAGACACCUGUUGCUCCAUUAUAAGGUUCUUUCUAGGAUACCCCAACCCAACACAACUCCCUUCUUUCCUUCUGGAGUAAGCUGGGCUUGGAAUGAGUUUUGGAUAGUUUCAGUGGAAACUGCUUCUGCCUGAGAGUCGGGCCCUUUUCCAGGGAAGUGUAACAUGCCAGGAGGACCACUAACAGCUGCCUGAUCACAGUCACCUUCUGCGUCCUGGAGCAGGGUUUGGAGAAGAUUACUCAAGAGAAGGCAUGCAAAAGACCCAGCCCAGACAGACUCACAGAUCAGAAUCUUCAUACACUGUGGUAAGAGUUGGAGGGAGUAAGAAGAACCAGAGGAAUCUCUUCCUCAGAGAUCCUAAUAAGACCAGAGAGGAUUCACCAAGAGGUUGCUGUGGGGCCUGCCCAGAGCUUCGCCUGGAUCUUAGCAUGAAAUCCUCACUGGCGUCCUCUGAGGUCACUCCACUUCUCAGUGACAUGACCCAGCCCACCUCAUCCCUUUACACCCCAUUACCUACAUCCAUCACCUCUGCAGUGCAAUACAAUAUGGGCAGGAGCUUCUUACCUCAGGAGACUGCUGUAAACAUAGAAAAGGCUGUGAUAGAAGGGAAAUUGCUGGAGGUGGUCUCUGUGGUCAGGAGCACCCUGGAGACAGCGUCCAGUGCCCCAGUGAACAUUGCUGUGACUGGAGACUCCGGCAAUGGUAUGUCCUCCUUCAUCAAUGCACUACGGGGAAUUGGGCAUGAGGAUGAAGCAUCAGCCCCCACUGGGGUAGUGAGGACCACCCAGAUUCCCACUUCCUACUCUUCCUCCCUCUUUCCCAACAUGGUGCUGUGGGACCUGCCUGGCACAGGAGUUGACACCCAAAGCCUGGAGAACUAUAUAGAGGAGAUGCAGUUUAGCCAGUAUGACUUCUUCAUCAUUAUUGCAUCUGAACAGUUCAGCAUGAAUCUAGUGAAACUUGCUAAAGCCAUUCAGGGCCUAGGAAAGAGGUUCUACAUUGUUUGGACCAAGUUGGACAGGGACCUCAGCACAACUGCCCUCUCAGAGGAACGACUCCUGCAGAAUAUCCGAGAGAAUAUCCGUGAAACUCUCCAGAAGGAGAAGGUGUAUAAACCCAUCAUAUUCCUGGUCUCCAGCUUUGAGCCCUCAUUGCAUGACUUCCCAGAGCUUAGGAAAGUCUUGGACAAGGACGUCUCUGACAUCAGGUACUGUGGUCCUCUAGAGAAUCUGUCCCACGCUUAUAAAAAGGUCAUUAAUGAAAAAGUGACCAUUUUGCAAGGGAAAAUAGCCUCCAAGUCUUUCCAGGACUCCCUUGGCAUCUGGAAUGCAGAUGAUCUGGAAGAGUGUCUGAAUGCCUACCACUUGCUCUUUGGUGUGGAUUAUGUAUCUCUCCAGCAGGUGGCUCAGUGCAUGGGGAAACCCAUGGAGGAAUACAGAGCCAUUAUGAAAUCUAGGGAUCUGCAGACUGUCCUCAGAGGGGACUGGGCAUUAUCUUGCAUGAACUGUAAUACAACCUCUUACUUAUAUUCAAUUCUGAGAUACAUCCCACUGUUAGGUAACGCUAUUAUCAACUGCCUGAGAAAGUGGAAACACAGACGCCUCCUUGAAAUAGUUGUUGAGGAUACCAGGGCCAUACUGAAGAAAAUCCUGACAGACUCCAUCAUCUGAAGAGGUGACUUCUCAUCAGGCUCCUUCUAGUGGAAAGUCAGGACAUCUGGGGUCUUCUCCUCAUACUGUACCCUUUCUGAAUUUUCAGUUGAGGUCAAUACUUCCACUUUCGUUGGUAUUAAAUUCCUUGAGGUAAAUAAAUUGACUCACUCAUUUUGAACCCAUGUCAAGAAACACCAGUAUAUGUUCAACUUCUUGUAUUUCGUACAUUAGUUUGUAUUUGAGGGUGGAAGAAAAUAUUUGCUCAGUGUGACACACAAUCUUGUUCUGUCAUAUUCUUGUCAGUUAAUGUUAACAUCAUUUCUCUGAUGCCUCUUUGUGUCCCCUGUUCUUUCAUUUAUCACUUCACACUCUGCAGAAUCACACACCUUUCACCUGCCCCUAGAUCACUGUAGGCACUUUAUGAUGGUCUCCAAUAUUAUCUCCUAUUUUUAUGGCUAUUUAAACCCUUUCCCUGGAGUAACUAAUAAAAUAUGCAGCAAGAAUGAAAUGUCCAAAAAUUCCAAAAUUUUGUUAUGAAAAGCCUGCAGUUUUUGUCUUAUAAGGACUCUCUGUUCACUGACUCUCUCUCAUUCUUCCUUGUGUAGUCUUUCAUUAUCUCUCUGUCUCUCUUUCUGUGUCUCUGUCUCUCUCUGUCUAGUAACUAUAGGAAGUUUGAACUAACCUGCUGGAGAGGAACUGAAGGAUUAGAGGUUAUGUGGAGGAGAACUGAGGCAGGCUGCAUUAACUGCAAACCAGAUAAGCACAUCAUCUUGGGAGCGAAUCCUCCAGCCCCAGGCAAGGUUUCAGAAGAUGCAGCCCAGCUGAUAGUUUAACUACUACCUCAGGAGAGACUCUUAUCCAGAAACAUAUAAUUAAAAUCACUCCUGGAUUUCUGAGCCUGAGAAACUAUAAGACAAUAAACAUUUGUUUUAAGCCACAAAGUCUCAGGGUAAUUUGUUACACAGCAACAGGUAACUGAUAAUACCAUUAAGAAGUUCCUUACAGAACUGGCAGUUGUCAGUGGCUUCUCUUUGUGACAGUCAAUCCUGCAUGGGCACAGCAUGAAGGAGCUGAGUCCUCCCCAAACACAGUUCUUCUCUCCUUGGCCUCUGGAAAUGUCUUUCCCUGCUUUCUAAUUAAGGACCAGCCUCUGCCAACUCUCACAGGUCAUUUCAUCCAGCCUCAAGACACAUGGAGUUAUCCUGUUUAGGGCUCUAUCUUUAAAGGGGGAAAAGCAGGAAAAUAAUGAAGGAGGAAAACAGAGUGAUGUUCACUAGUGAGAAGGAGAUUAAAUGACAGUAGAAUGUGAACACUCCCCUGAGGAAGAGGGGGCUAUGGUUCUCUGAGAGCCUGUUCAGAGAUCCCAACCAGACUUUGAUGUCUGUACCAUGGCCCCUGGAUUCCAGAGGGAAUCAUGAGCUCUGCAGUUCACACCUGCCUUCCAAAACUAGCAGGGUGUGUGGAAGUUGGAGACUAACUCUAAUGUAUCUUUGUAGAGCUCAGGAAUUCACAUUUCUAAUUCCUUGCAUAAGUGGGAAUAUAAUACAUGUUGAACCAAUUUAGUUAAUUUUAAAAAAUCAGAAUAACAAAAGUAUUCAGUGGUGAACUACCACAAAACAAGAGACUAUAAAAUUCAAUGUAAAAUCCUCUCACACCUGUCUAAGCCCUAUUACACAUGGGUAACCACUUUUAACUAUUUGUAGCUCUGCCUUUAUCUAUCUUAAUAUGAUUCAGUUACUAAUUAAGGACCAAGAAUUUAGCUUAUUUUGAGUGUCCACACUCAAAAUUUCUGCCAGUCAUAUUUGGUUUUAGAUCUUCUUUGAUUUUCCUUUGACUUUUAAGUAAUAUAAUACACAUUGUAUUUUCUGAACAAUCCUGGCAAUAUAUCCUGCCUUCUCACUCUUACAGGUGUUAACCUGCAAUCCUAUUUUCUUUACAGAAUUUCUUCUCUCUACUUCUCAACAAGUCUGCCACACCUGAAACCUAUAUUUCCAACACUGAUGGCUUGUAUAUCCUGUUUUAUAAUUCAAAAUACAUCUUUGAUUAUUCUAAAGAUUUGAUUAAACCUGGCAAGCACUAAACAGUUUAAAACUUUAUAAUGUAGUUAUGGUUUCAGUUUAUGCUUCUGAUCUUGGUGAUUAUGAUCAUGAUAAUGAUGUUCACCCAGACUCAAGUAAAGUGACUGGACUUACACAGAAGGACAAAUAAACCUAUGUCACCAAAUCUGUGUAGCUUAAGGGAGAAGAUAAUUAAAGGAAAUCUGGAGAAAAGUAAUAACAUGAUGAAGAAGAGGCAGAGUGUAAUUUUAUCAUAAUAAUAUGCUAUGCCAUUCCCUUAUGCCUCAGAUAAUUCUGCUUAAUAACCAUGAUAUUAAUCUGUAAGAUCCCUUCUUUCUAAAGAUGUUCUAAUGUAACACCUCUAGUUCCUAUUCUCUCUUAGACUAGUUGCUCUUCCAGCCUGGAGCACAGGCUUCAUUUAUAUCCUCCCAAUAUCUUGGUGGUGCUGGUGCUUCUUGGAUUCCCUGUACAUUUACAUUGAGUCCAUUCUCAAACAAAUUGGGGGGAAAAAAAACUCUCUGGGUGGUAAACUUUCUGAGUCUUUGCAUUUUCUAUUAAUGCCUUUAUUUUUUUUAUCACUUUUAAUAAAUAGUUUAACUGAUCAUAGGAUUCUGGAUAUAAUACAAUUUUCCCUUAGAACUCUGAAGAUAUAUCUCCUUCAAGCAUCCCAUGCUUCCAGUAAAAAGCCCAAAGCCAAUUCAGUUCUUAUUUUGCAUGGUAACCUGUUUGUCUCCAUGGAAAAUUGUAGGUAUUCUCCUUCCCUGAGGUUCAGAAGUGUCACCAGGAACUAAUCACCUGGAGAACUUCCACUAACCAUUCAGUUUCAGAAGGUUCUUAUGUGAAGGCUGGCAUGAAAAUACCUACAGGAAACUGAAAUUCUUAUGCAAGUGAGAGAAACUAAAUCUGGAAAAGCUGUAUACUGCAUGAUUCAAAAUAUGUCACAUUCCAGAAAGGCAAAACUGUAAAGAUGAGGAAAAGAUCAUUGGUUCCCAAGGGUUGGGAUGGGAGGUUGGGAUGAAUAUGUGGAGAACAGAUGCCUUUUAGGACAGUGAAACCACUCUGUCUGAUACUAUAAUGGUGAAUCAAUGUUGGAUUAAAUUACACAUUUGUCAAAACCAUAGAAUAUACAACAUCAAGAGGAAACUUAAUGCAAACUACAAACUUUGAGGGAUAAGGAUGGGUCAGUUUGGGUUCAUGAAUUUUAUGAUGGUGUGAGUUGUGGAUAGGAGGCUGUACUUGUGUGAAGGCAGGGGGCAAAUGGGGACUCCUUGUACCUUCUGCUCAAUUUUGCU